UUUAAAACUUUAUUUGAGGCCGUUCUACUUUUAAUCUCAAAUUAUGAGUACCAACGAGAAGCCAGUGUUCUACAACGUUGAUAAAUGGAUAGAUGAAAACAAGAAGUUCUUUUUGCCACCAGUUUGCAACAAGAUGAUGCAUCAGGUUGGCCAGAUGAAGGCAUUCUUUGUUGGUGGUCCUAACCAGCGGAAAGAUUAUCAUAUCGAGGCUGGGGAAGAGUUGUUCUACAUGUUAAAAGGAGAUAUGUGCCUCAAAGUAGUAGAGAACAACAAACAUCGGGAUGUACAUAUCAAAGAAGGGGAGAUUUUCCUGCUUCCUGGCAACAUUGCACAUUCCCCACAAAGAGACGCAAACACUGUAGGGCUAGUCAUUGAGAGGGAACGCUUAGAGGAAAAGGGCGAACUGGAUGGACUUAGGUAUUAUGUAGAAAAAGAUGGAGAGAAAACUCUAGAGUCGCUAUAUGAGGAUUGGUUUUACUGCACUGACCUUGGAAGCCAACUAGCUCCAGUAAUAAAAGCGUUCGUUGCUUCUGAGCAAUGUAAGACUGGGAAGCCACUUCCAGGCACCAUACCAGAAAACCCUCCAAUUGUGUUGGACUCUGAGAGAAAGCUGGAGGAUCCAUUCCCCCUAAAAGACUGGAUCAACGCUAACAGGGCAGAGAUUGAGGCUAAUGGUCAUAAAGAAAUUUUUGGAAAUGGUUAUCAAUUUCAGGUGGAUAUGUUUGGUAAAGGGGAGAACUCAGGAGGAAAUGAUGUUGCAGAGAUCUGGAUUUGGCAGAUGGAAGGCAGUUCAGAGGUGACAAUAGAUGGCGAGCUCUUCAAACUCAGUGAGAAUGACAGCCUUCUUAUUCCAGCUGGAAAACGAUAUACAGCAAAACGGGGAGAAGGAUCACUUGCGUUGAUUUGCUUCCAAGAUCCUUUUAGAAAAUACAAGUAAACUCUAGCAUUGAUGGAAUCCUGAAGUGUCAAAUCUAAACAUUCCUAUACCUGUGUACAAAGGAAGAACAUAUAUAUAUACAUGUCUCAAGCAAAUAACAAUUUCAUAUAUUUUGUCAUUAAAAACAUGUUUUAUUACACUUAAAUAAUGAAUGUACCGGUAUACAAAUUUAAAAUCAAAUGCAGUACAUUUUUAUUGUAGGUUAGUAUUUACAUAUAAUCCGUGGUUUUACCACAAAGUGAUAUUUUGUAUUUUGUAAAAUCCAAUUGAAUGUUUCCAAUGUCAUCUCUCUAAAAAUCUGAUUGGUCAAUGUUAUUUGAAGGCAAGUUCUUUAGGAGUCUUUGUCU